AUGAUUAGAUUUAUCUGCCUGGUUCAUUCAGACGAUCAUCAAUCCGAAAAAUUAAAUUUGUUAUAUGAUCUAAAUAAUUUUCCAUUCAAUGAACAUUUACUUAAAAAUCAUCAUGCUUUUGCCAAUAAUCGUUAUGGUGAUUUAACAUUUUGUGAACAAAUUGAAGAUGAAUAUAAUAAUCAAGGUCAUGCAUUAUUUUUGGUUUAA